CGCAUUACGUGGGAAAGUUGUCGUAGUAAGUGUGCCACGUCUGCUGGGAAGCGGUAGUCAUGAACUUGCCAAAGGCCGUUGUCUUGAAGCCUUCAAAUACUUUCUUAGUUCUAUGAGGUCGGGGGCCCUUUCUCUGUUUUUGUAGGAACUUUCCUGUGCCAGCAGCAUGAGGCUUUUUUUGUGGAACGCGGUGCUGACGUUGUUGGUCACUUCUUUGAGUGGGGCUCUGAUCCCUGAACCAGAAGUGAAGAUUGAGGUGCUCCAGAAGCCGUUCAUCUGCCAUCGCAAGACCAAAGGGGGAGAUUUGAUGUUGGUCCACUAUGAAGGCUACUUAGAAAAGGAUGGCUCCUUAUUUCACUCCACUCACAAACAUAACAAUGGUCAGCCCAUUUGGUUUACCUUGGGCAUCCUGGAGGCUCUCAAAGGUUGGGACCAGGGCUUAAAGGGAAUGUGUGUAGGAGAGAAGAGAAAGCUCACCAUUCCUCCUGCCCUGGGCUAUGGAAAAGAAGGAAAAGGUAAAAUUCCCCCAGAGAGUACACUGAUAUUCAACAUUGAUCUCUUGGAGAUUCGAAAUGGACCAAGAUCCCAUGAGUCAUUCCAAGAAAUGGAUCUUAAUGAUGACUGGAAACUCUCUAAAGAUGAGCCUUGCCUCUGCUGCCUUCAGCUCCUUGCUCCAGGCUGACAGAAGACAAAGACCUUGUAAACACUGGUUUCCUAGUGCCAUCCUCAAAUACAACGAGAGGCUUGCUUUGCUUCCUAAAUGUUGCAGAAAUGUAGCAGUGAUUCAAAAUUAGCAUACACCAGAGAUGCAUGGUAUAUGUGUGAAGUAUGCAGAUUCCUGACCCCUUUCCCCAGCAAUGCUGAUUCAUUCUUGGGUUGGGCCCAUGGUUCCGCAUUUUAGCCCACUUGCUGGAUGAUACUGAUGCAGGUGGUCUAAGAUUCUUAAUUUGAGAGAUGAGUCACGUCACCAAUUCCCUGCCCUUGAAUAUACGAUCUUCUGUAUUUUUCUUUGAAUAUUCUUUCUUGUUUUCUGUAAAGCAUUGGUCAUUGGGGAAACUAAUUGUGCCUAAAACUGAAUGUACAGUCAAAAGGGUAAGUUGUGUGGAGAUACUAUUUUCCCCAGGGUUAGGAAUUUUUUAGGACUCUAAAUUCUCACAGCAAAAAGUUAGAUCAUCAGUAAGUGUGUUUUUGUGAACAUCUUCCCUACCAGGAGAGAAAAGAGACCCAAACUUUCCCAAAAUUAUUGUUCUUUAUUAUUUUUUCAGAAUUAUCUAUAGCCCACAUGUUUAGAAGAAUAUACAGUCAAGAGAUUGCCUUUAAAAAGUAAAUAUAUAUAUGUAUGUGUUGUAUAUAGUGUAUAAACUAUGUGCCAUGUAUAAUAUAUACAUAUAUUAUGAAUAGAUUAUACAUCUAUAUGAAUAUGUAUAUGUAUAGUUUCGUAUCAAAGAUAGUCAUUGAAAUGUUCUCUCUAGUACAUGAUUUCCCUUCUCUGAAAACUUGUCUAUACCGUGCAGUUAAAUUUCCUUUUGGUUGAUUUGGAAUCUGUCUUUCUGUACUUUGCCUAUAUUUCUAUGUUUCACUUACAAUUUAGGUAAAAUUUCCUAGUAGUUCUCCAUGUAAAACCAACAAUAAUCUUUUUUUCAUUCCUUCAGCUUUGGUUUGCCCAAGGGAUUAAGUGGCUCAUUUUGAUAUACAUAGGUUAUUGUUAAGGAAAAGAAAAGCAUACAAACAGUUGGGAGAUUCUGGAGAUCUGAAAACACCUAGCACACUAAUCAAGGAUUCUUUUGUUUACCAUUUCUUUGUGUUCCUGUACUGCUAAUAAAGCCUCUGGCAUAAAAUGGA